AUGAGAGUCAAAACCUUUGUGAUCUUGUGCUGCGCUCUGCAGUAUGUCGCUUAUACAAAUGCAAACAUCAAUGAUUUUGAUGAGGACUAUUUUGGGAGUGAUGUCACUGUCCAAAGUAGUAAUACAACAGAUGAAAUAAUUAGAGAUGCAUCUGGGGCAGUUAUCGAAGAACAAAUUACAACUAAAAAAAUGCAACGGAAAAAUAAAAACCAUGGAAUACUUGGAAAAAAUGAAAAAAUGAUCAAGACGUUCGUUAUAACCACGGAUUCCGACGGUAACGAGUCCAUUGUAGAGGAAGAUGUGCUCAUGAAGACACUUUCCGAUGGUACUGUUGCUCAAAGUUAUGUUGCUGCUGAUGCGGGAGCAUAUUCUCAGAGCGGGCCAUACGUAUCAAACAGUGGAUACAGCACUCAUCAAGGAUAUACGAGCGAUUUCAGCACUAGUGCUGCAGUCGGUGCAGGAGCUGGUGCAGGUGCUGCCGCUGGUUCUGGUGCGGGUGCCGGAGCUGGUUAUGGAGCUGCUUCUGGUGCUGGUGCCGGUGCUGGGGCUGGUGCCGGAGCUGGUUAUGGAACUGGUGCAGGUGCAGGUGCCGGAGCUGGUUAUGGAGCUGGUGCAGGUGCAGGUGCCGGAGCUGGUUAUGGGGCUGGUGCAGGUGCAGGUGCCGGAGCUGGUUAUGGAGCUGGUGCAGGUGCAGGUGCCGGAGCUGGUUAUGGGGCUGGUGCAGGUGCAGGUGCCGGAGCUGGUUAUGGAGCUGGUGCGGGUGCCGGUGCCGGGGCUGGUUAUGGAGCUGCCUCUGGUGCUGGUGCUGGCGCUGGGUACGGACAAGGAGUAGGAAGCGGAGCUGCUUCUGGAGCUGGUGCAGGUGCAGGAGCAGGUUCUGCCGCUGGUUCUGGGGCAGGUGCCGGUGCUGGUACCGGUGCUGGUGCAGGUUACGGAGCUGGUGCAGGUGCCGGUGCCGGAGCUGGUUAUGGAGCUGCCUCUGGUACUGGAGCAGGUUAUGGAGCUGGUGCCGGAGCUGGUUACGGAGGUGCCUCUGGUGCUGGUGCUGGUGCCGGUGCUGGGGCUGGAGCCGGUGCUGGUGCAGGUUAUGGAACUGGCGCUGGAUACGGAGCAGGAGCCGGAGCAGGAGCCGGAGCAGGAGCUGGUGCUGGAUACGGAGCAGGAGCUGGUGCUGGAUACGGAGCAGGAUAUGGAGUAGGAGCUGGUGCUGGAUACGGAGCAGGAUACGGAGCAGGAGCUGGAAGCGGAGCUGCCUCUGGUGCUGGUUCAGGUGCCGGUGCUGGUUCAGGUGCCGGUGCUGGUUCAGGUGCCGGUGCUGGUUCAGGUGCCGGUGCCGGUUCAGGUGCUGGUGCUGGUUCAGGUGCUGGUGCUGGUUCAGGUGCUGGUGCAGGCUCAGGUGCUGGUGCUGGUUCAGGUACUGGUGCUGGUUCAGGAGCUGGUGCUGGAUACGGAGCAGGAGCUGGUGCUGGAUACGGAGCAGGAGCAGGAAGUGGAGCUGCCUCUGGUGCCGGUGCUGGUUCAGGUGCAGGUGCUGGUUCAGGUGCUGGUGCUGGUUCAGGUGCUGGUGCUGGUUCAGGUGCUGGUGCUGGUUCAGGAGCUGGUGCUGGAUACGGAGCAGGAGCUGGUGCUGGAUACGGAGCAGGAGCUGGUGCUGGAUACGGAGCAGGAGCUGGCGUUGGAUACGGAGCAGGAGCUGGAAGCGGAGCUGCCUCUGGUGCUGGUGCUGGUUCAGGAGCCGGUGCUGGUUCAGGUGCUGGUGCUGGUUCAGGUGCUGGUGCUGGUUCAGGUGCUGGUGCUGGUUCAGGUGCCGGUGCUGGUUCAGGUGCUGGUGCUGGUUCAGGAGCUGGUGCUGGUUCAGGUGCUGGUGCUGGUUCAGGAGCUGGAGUUGGAUACGGAGCAGGAGUUGGUGCUGGAUACGGAGCAGGAUAUGGAGCAGGAGCUGGUGCUGGAUACGGAGCAGGAGCAGGAAGCGGAGCUGCCUCUGGUGCUGGUGCCGGUGCUGGAGCUGGUGCAGGAACAGGCUCUUCUGGAUUUGGACCAUAUGUAGCAAAUGGCGGAUAUAGCAGAAGUGAUGGCUACGAAUACGCUUGGUCGUCUGACUUUGGAACUGGAAGCGGAGCUGGUGCUGGUUCAGGUGCUGGUGCUGGUUCAGGUGCUGGCGCUGGCUCAGGUGCUGGUGCUGGUUCAGGUGCUGGUGCUGGUUCAGGAGCUGGAGCUGGAUACGGAGCAGGAGUUGGUGUUGGAUACGGAGCAGGAUAUGGAGCAGGAGCUGGUGCUGGAUACGGAGCAGGAGCAGGAAGCGGAGCUGCCUCUGGUGCCGGUGCUGGUUCAGGUGCUGGUGCUGGUUCAGGUGCCGGUGCUGGUUCAGGUGCUGGUGCUGGUUCAGGUGCCGGUGCUGGUUCAGGUGCUGGUGCUGGCUCAGGUGCCGGUGCUGGUUCAGGUGCUGGUGCUGGUUCAGGUGCCGGUGCUGGUUCAGGUGCUGGUGCUGGUUCAGGUGCUGGUGUUGGCUCAGGUGCUGGUGCUGGUUCAGGUGCUGGAGCUGGUGCUGGAUACGGAGCAGGAUAUGGAGUAGGAGCUGGUGCUGGAUACGGAGCAGGAGCUGGAAGCGGAGCUGCCUCUGGUGCUGGUGCUGGUUCAGGUGCCGGUGCUGGUUCAGGUGCUGGUGCUGGUUCAGGUGCUGGUGCUGGUUCAGGAGCUGGAGCUGGUUCAGGUGCUGGUGCUGGUUCAGGUGCUGGUGCAGGCUCAGGUGCUGGUGCUGGUUCAGGAUCUGGAGCUGGAUACGGAGCAGGAGUUGGUGUUGGAUACGGAGCAGGAUAUGGAGCAGGAGCUGGUGCUGGAUACGGAGCAGGAGCAGGAAGCGGAGCUGCCUCAGGUGCCGGUGCUGGUUCAGGUGCUGGUGCUGGUUCAGGUGCCGGUGCUGGUUCAGGUGCUGGUGCUGGUUCAGGUGCUGGUGCUGGUUCAGGUGCUGGUGCUGGUUCAGGUGCUGGUGCUGGUUCAGGUGCUGGUGCUGGUUCAGGUGCUGGUGCUGGCUCAGGUGCUGGAGCUGGUUCAGGUGCUGGUGCUGGUUCAGGAGCUGGAGCUGGAUACGGAGCAGGAGUUGGUGCUGGAUACGGAGCAGGAUAUGGAGCAGGAGCUGGUGCUGGAUACGGAGCAGGAGCUGGAAGCGGAGCUGCCUCUGGUGCUGGUUCAGGUGCCGGUGCUGGUUCAGGUGCCGGUGCUGGUGCUGGUUCAGGUGCUGGUGCUGGUUCAGGUGCUGGUGCUGGUUCAGGUGCUGGUGCUGGCUCAGGUGCUGGAGCUGGUUCAGGUGCUGGUGCUGGUUCAGGAGCUGGAGCUGGAUACGGAGCAGGAGUUGGUGCUGGAUACGGAGCAGGAUAUGGAGCAGGAGCUGGUGCUGGAUACGGAGCAGGAGCAGGAAGCGGAGCUGCCUCUGGUGCCGGUGCUGGUUCAGGUGCUGGAGCUGGUUCAGGUGCCGGUGCUGGUUCAGGUGCUGGUGCUGGUUCAGGAGCUGGUGCUGGUUCAGGAGCUGGUGCUGGUUCAGGUGCUGGUGCUGGUUCAGGAGCUGGAGUUGGAUACGGAGCAGGAUAUGGAGCAGGAGCUGGUGCUGGAUACGGAGCAGGAGCAGGAAGCGGAGCUGCCUCUGGUGCUGGUGCCGGUGCUGGAGCUGGUGCAGGAACAGGCUCUUCUGGAUUUGGACCAUAUGUAGCACAUGGCGGAUAUAGCGGCUACGAAUACGCUUGGUCGUCAGAAUCUGACUUUGGAACUGGAAGCGGAGCUGGUGCUGGUUCAGGUGCUGGUGCUGGUUCAGGUGCUGGUGCUGGCUCAGGUGCUGGUGCUGGUUCAGGAGCUGGAUACGGAGCAGGAGUUGGUGCUGGAUACGGAGCAGGAUAUGGAGCAGGAGCUGGUGCUGGAUACGGAGCAGGAGCAGGAAGCGGAGCUGGCUCAGGUGCUGGUGCUGGUUCAGGAGCUGGAGCUGGUUCAGGUGCCGGUGCUGGUUCAGGUGCUGGUGCUGGUUCAGGAGCUGGUGCUGGUUCAGGUGCUGGUGCUGGUUCAGGAGCUGGUGCUGGUUCAGGUGCCGGUGCUGGUUCAGGUGCUGGUGCUGGAUACGGAGCAGGAUAUGGAGCAGGAGCUGGUGCUGGAUACGGAGCAGGAGCAGGAAGCGGAGCUGGCUCAGGUGCUGGUGCUGGUUCAGGUGCUGGUGCUGGUUCAGGAGCUGGAGCUGGUUCAGGUGCCGGUGCUGGUUCAGGUGCUGGUGCUGGUUCAGGUGCUGGUGCUGGCUCAGGUGCUGGUGCUGGUUCAGGAGCUGGAGCUGGAUACGGAGCAGGAGUUGGUGCUGGAUACGGAGCAGGAUAUGGAGCAGGAGCUGGUGCUGGAUACGGAGCAGGAGCAGGAAGCGGAGCUGGCUCAGGUGCUGGUGCUGGUUCAGGAGCUGGAGCUGGUUCAGGUGCUGGUGCUGGUUCAGGUGCCGGUGUUGGUUCAGGUGCUGGUGCUGGUUCAGGAGCUGGUGCUGGUUCAGGUGCCGGUGCUGGUUCAGGUGCUGGUGCUGGAUACGGAGCAGGAUAUGGAGCAGGAGCUGGUGCUGGAUACGGAGCAGGAGCAGGAAGCGGAGCUGGCUCAGGUGCUGGUGCUGGUUCAGGUGCUGGUGCUGGUUCAGGAGCUGGAGCUGGUUCAGGUGCCGGUGCUGGUUCAGGUGCUGGUGCUGGUUCAGGAGCUGGUGCUGGUUCAGGUGCUGGUGCUGGUUCAGGAGCUGGAGUUGGAUACGGAGCAGGAGUUGGUGCUGGAUACGGAGCAGGAUAUGGAGCAGGAGCUGGUGCUGGAUACGGAGCAGGAGCAGGAAGCGGAGCUGCCUCUGGUGCUGGUGCCGGUGCUGGAGCUGGUGCAGGAACAGGCUCUUCUGGAUUUGGACCAUAUGUAGCAAAUGGCGGAUAUAGCGGCUACGAAUACGCUUGGUCGUCAGAAUCUGACUUUGGAACUGGAAGCGGAGCUGGUGCUGGUUCAGGUGCUGGUGCUGGUUCAGGUGCUGGUGCUGGCUCAGGUGCUGGUGCUGGUUCAGGAGCUGGAGCUGGAUACGGAGCAGGAUAUGGAGCAGGAGCUGGUGCUGGAUACGGAGCAGGAGCAGGAAGCGGAGCUGGCUCAGGUGCUGGUGCUGGUUCAGGAGCUGGAGCUGGUUCAGGUGCCGGUGCUGGUUCAGGUGCUGGUGCUGGUUCAGGUGCCGGUGCUGGUUCAGGUGCUGGUGCUGGUUCAGGAGCUGGUGCUGGUUCAGGUGCCGGUUCUGGUUCAGGAGCUGGUGCUGGUUCAGGUGCUGGUGCUGGUUCAGGAGCUGGAGCUGGAUACGGAGCAGGAGUUGGUGCUGGAUACGGAGUAGGAUAUGGAGCAGGAGCUGGUGCUGGAUACGGAGCAGGAGCAGGAAGCGGAGCUGCCUCUGGUGCUGGUGCCGGUGCUGGAGCUGGUGCAGGAACAGGCUCUUCUGGAUUUGGACCAUAUGUAGCACAUGGCGGAUAUAGCGGCUACGAAUACGCUUGGUCGUCAGAAUCUGACUUUGGAACUGGAAGCGGAGCUGGUGCUGGUUCAGGUGCUGGUGCUGGUUCAGGUGCUGGUGCUGGCUCAGGUGCUGGUGCUGGUUCAGGAGCUGGUGCUGGUUCAGGUGCUGGUGCUGGUUCAGGAGCUGGAGCUGGAUACGGAGCAGGAGUUGGUGCUGGAUACGGAGCAGGAUAUGGAGCAGGAGCUGGUGCUGGAUACGGAGCUGGAGCAGGAAGCGGAGCUGCCUCUGGUGCCGGUGCUGGUUCAGGUGCUGGUGCUGGUUCAGGUGCCGGUGCUGGUUCAGGUGCUGGUGCUGGUUCAGGUGCUGGUGCUGGUUCAGGUGCUGGUGCUGGUUCAGGUGCUGGUGCUGGUUCAGGAGCUGGUGCUGGUUCAGGAGCUGGUGCUGGUUCAGGAGCCGGUGCUGGUUCAGGAGCUGGAGCAGGAUAUGGAGCAGGAGCUGGUGCUGGAUACGGAGCAGGAGCAGGAAGCGGAGCUGGCUCAGGUGCUGGUGCUGGUUCAGGUGCUGGUGCUGGUUCAGGAGCUGGAGCUGGUUCAGGUGCCGGUGCUGGUUCAGGUGCUGGUGCUGGUUCAGGUGCCGGUUCUGGUUCAGGAGCUGGUGCUGGUUCAGGUGCUGGUGCUGGUUCAGGAGCUGGAGCUGGAUACGGAGCAGGAGUUGGUGCUGGAUACGGAGCAGGAUAUGGAGCAGGAGCUGGUGCUGGAUACGGAGCAGGAGCAGGAAGCGGAGCUGGCUCAGGUGCCGGUGCUGGUUCAGGAGCUGGAGCAGGAUAUGGAGCAGGAGCUGGUGCUGGAUACGGAGCAGGAUAUGGAGCAGGAGCUGGUGCUGGAUACGGAGCAGGAGCAGGAAGCGGAGCUGGCUCAGGUGCUGGUGCUGGCUCAGGUGCUGGUGCUGGUUCAGGUGCUGGUGCUGGUUCAGGUGCUGGUGCUGGUUCAGGAGCUGGAGCUGGUUCAGGUGCCGGUGCUGGUUCAGGUGCUGGUGCUGGUUCAGGUGCCGGUUCUGGUUCAGGUGCUGGUGCUGGUUCAGGAGCUGGAGCUGGUUCAGGUGCCGGUGCUGGUUCAGGUGCUGGUGCUGGUUCAGGUGCUGGUGCUGGUUCAGGAGCUGGAGCUGGAUACGGAGCAGGAGUUGGUGCUGGAUACGGAGCAGGAUAUGGAGCAGGAGCUGGUGCUGGAUACGGAGCAGGAGCAGGAAGCGGUGCUGGUUCAGGUGCUGGUGCUGGUUCAGGUGCUGGUGCUGGUUCAGGUGCUGGUGCUGGUUCAGGAGCUAGUGCUGGAUAUGGAGCUGGAUACGGAGCAGGAGCUGGAAGCGGAGCUGCCUCUGGUGCUGGUGCCGGUGCUGGAGCUGGUGCAGGAACAGGCUCUUCUGGAUUUGGACCAUAUGUAGCACAUGGCGGAUAUAGCGGCUACGAAUACGCUUGGUCGUCAGAAUCUGACUUUGGAACUGGAAGCGGAGCUGGUGCUGGUUCAGGUGCUGGUGCUGGCGCAGGUGCUGGUGCUGGUUCAGGAGCUGGAGCUGGAUACGGAGCAGGAGUUGGUGCUGGAUACGGAGCAGGAUAUGGAGCAGGAGCUGGUGCUGGAUACGGAGCAGGAGCAGGAAGCGGAACUGGCUCAGGUGCUGGUGCUGGUUCAGGAGCUGGAGCUGGAUACGGAGCAGGAGUUGGUGCUGGAUACGGAGCAGGAGCAGGAAGCGGAGCUGCCUUUGGUGCCGGUGCUGGUGCUGGUGCUGGUUCAGGUGCCGGUGCUGGUUCAGGUGCUGGUGCUGGUUCAGGUGCUGGUGCUGGUUCAGGUGCUGGUGCUGGUUCAGGAGCUGGUGCUGGAUACGGAGCAGGGUACGGAGCAGGAGUUGGUGCUGGAUACGGAGCAGGAGCUGGAAGCGGAGCUGCCUCUGGUGCCGGUGCUGGUUCAGGUGCUGGUGCUGGUUCAGGUGCCGGUGCUGGUUCAGGUGCUGGUGCUGGCUCAGGUGCUGGUGCUGGUUCAGGAGCUGGAGCUGGAUACGGAGCAGGAGUUGGUGCUGGAUACGGAGCAGGAUAUGGAGCAGGAGCUGGUGCUGGAUACGGAGCUGGAGCAGGAAGCGGAGCUGCCUCUGGUGCCGGUGCUGGUUCAGGUGCUGGUGCUGGUGCUGGUUCAGGUGCCGGUGCUGGUUCAGGUGCUGGUGCUGGUUCAGGUGCUGGUGCUGGUUCAGGUGCUGGUUCAGGUGCUGGUGCUGGUUCAGGUGCCGGUGCUGGUUCAGGAGCUGGUGCUGGAUACGGAGCAGGAGCAGGAAGCGGAGCUGCCUCUGGUGCUGGUGCCGGUGCUGGAGCUGGUGCAGGAACAGGCUCUUCUGGAUUUGGACCAUAUGUAGCAAAUGGCGGAUAUAGCGGCUACGAAUACGCUUGGUCGUCAGAAUCUGACUUUGGAACUGGAAGCGGAGCUGGUGCUGGUUCAGGUGCUGGUGCUGGUUCAGGUGCUGGUGCUGGCUCAGGUGCUGGUGCUGGUUCAGGAGCUGGAGCUGGAUACAGAGCAGGAGUUGGUGCUGGAUACGGAGCAGGAUAUGGAGCAGGAGCUGGUGCUGGAUACGGAGCAGGAGCAGGAAGCGGAGCUGGCUCAGGUGCUGGUGCUGGUUCAGGAGCUGGAGCUGGUUCAGGUGCCGGUGCUGGUUCAGGUGCUGGUGCUGGUUCAGGUGCCGGUGCUGGUUCAGGUGCUGGGGCUGGUUCAGGAGCUGGUGCUGGAUACGGAGCAGGAGCAGGAAGCGGAGCUGCCUCUGGUGCCGGUGCUGGUUCAGGUGCUGGUGCUGGUUCAGGUGCCGGUGCUGGUUCAGGUGCUGGUGCUGGCUCAGGUGCUGGUGCUGGUUCAGGAGCUGGAGCUGGAUACGGGGCAGGAGUUGGUGCUGGAUACGGAGCAGGAUAUGGAGCAGGAGCUGGUGCUGGAUACGGAGCUGGAGCAGGAAGCGGAGCUGCCUCUGGUGCCGGUGCUGGUUCAGGUGCUGGUGCUGGUGCUGGUUCAGGUGCCGGUGCUGGUUCAGGUGCUGGUGCUGGUUCAGGUGCCGGUGCUGGUUCAGGAGCUGGUGCUGGAUACGGAGCAGGAGCAGGAAGCGGAGCUGCCUCUGGUGCUGGUGCCGGUGCUGGAGCUGGUGCAGGAACAGGCUCUUCUGGAUUUGGACCAUAUGUAGCAAAUGGCGGAUAAGCGGCUGAAUACGCUUGGUCGUCAGAAUCUGACUUUGGAACUGGAAGCGGAGCUGGUGCUGGUUCAGGUGCUGGUGCUGGCUCAGGUGCUGGUGCUGGUUCAGGAGCUGGAGCUGGAUACGGAGCAGGAGUUGGUGCUGGAUACGGAGCAGGAGUUGGUGCUGGAUACGGAGCAGGAGUUGGUGCUGGAUACGGAGCAGGAGUUGGUGCUGGAUACGGAGCAGGAUAUGGAGCAGGAGCUGGUGCUGGAUACGGAGCAGGAGCAGGAAGCGGAGCUGGCUCAGGUGCUGGUGCUGGUUCAGGAGCUGGAGCUGGUUCAGGUGCCGGUGCUGGUUCAGGUGCUGGUGCUGGUUCAGGUGCCGGUGCUGGUUCAGGUGCUGGUGCUGGUUCAGGAGCUGGUGCUGGUUCAGGUGCCGGUGCUGGUUCAGGUGCUGGUGCUGGUUCAGGUGCCGGUUCAGGUGCUGGUGCUGGUUCAGGAGCUGGUGCUGGUUCAGGUGCUGGUGCUGGUUCAGGAGCUGGAGCUGGAUACGGAGCAGGAGUUGGUGCUGGAUACGGAGUAGGAUAUGGAGCAGGAGUUGGUGCUGGAUACGGAGCAGGAGCAGGAAGCGGAGCUGCCUCUGGUGCCGGUGCUGGUUCAGGUGCUGGUGCUGGUGCUGGUUCAGGUGCCGGUGCUGGUUCAGGUGCUGGUGCUGGUUCAGGUGCUGGUGCUGGUUCAGGUGCUGGUGCUGGUUCAGGUGCUGGUGCUGGUUCAGGAGCUGGUGCUGGAUACGGAGCAGGGUACGGAGCAGGAGUUGGUGCUGGAUACGGAGCAGGAGCUGGCGUUGGAUACGGAGCAGGAGCUGGCGCUGGAUACGGAGCAGGAGCUGGAAGCGGAGCUGCCUCUGGUGCCGGUGCUGGUGCUGGUUCAGGUGCCGGUGCUGGUACAGGUGCUGGGGCUGGUUCAGGAGCUGGUGCUGGAUACGGAGCAGGAGCAGGAAGCGGAGCUGCCUCUGGUGCUGGUGCCGGUGCUGGAGCUGGUGCAGGAACAGGCUCUUCUGGAUUUGGACCAUAUGUAGCAAAUGGCGGAUAUAGCGGCUACGAAUACGCUUGGUCGUCAGAAUCUGACUUUGGAACUGGAAGCGGAGCUGGUGCUGGUUCAGGUGCUGGUGCUGGUUCAGGUGCUGGUGCUGGCUCAGGUGCUGGUGCUGGUUCAGGAGCUGGAGCUGGAUACGGAGCAGGAGUUGGUGCUGGAUACGGAGCAGGAGCAGGAAGCGGAGCUGGCUCAGGUGCUGGUGCUGGUUCAGGAGCUGGAGCUGGUUCAGGUGCUGGUGCUGGUUCAGGAGCUGGUGCUGGUUCAGGAGCUGGAGCUGGAUACGGAGCAGGAGCAGGAAGCGGAACUGGCUCAGGUGCUGGUGCUGGUUCAGGUGCUGGUGCUGGUUCAGGUGCCGGUGCUGGUUCAGGUGCUGGUGCUGGUUCAGGAGCUGGUGCUGGUUCAGGUGCUGGUGCUGGUUCAGGAGUUGGUGCUGGAUACGGAGUAGGAUAUGGAGCAGGAGCUGGUGCUGGAUACGGAGUAGGAUAUGGAGCAGGAGCUGGUGCUGGAUACGGAGCAGGAGCAGGAAGCGGAACUGGCUCAGGUGCUGGUGCUGGUUCAGGUGCUGGUGCUGGUUCAGGUGCCGGUGCUGGUUCAGGUGCUGGUGCUGGUUCAGGAGCUGGUGCUGGUUCAGGUGCUGGUGCUGGUUCAGGAGCUGGAGCUGGAUACGGAGCAGGAGUUGGUGCUGGAUACGGAGUAGGAUAUGGAGCAGGAGCUGGUGCUGGAUACGGAGCAGGAGCAGGAAGCGGAGCUGGCUCAGGUGCUGGUGCUGGUUCAGGUGCUGGUGCUGGUUCAGGUGCCGGUGCUGGUUCAGGUGCUGGUGCUGGUUCAGGUGCCGGUUCAGGUGCUGGUGCUGGUUCAGGAGCUGGUGCUGGUUCAGGUGCUGGUGCUGGUUCAGGUGCUGGUUCAGGUGCUGGUGCUGGCUCAGGUGCUGGUGCUGGAUACGGAGUAGGAUAUGGAGCAGGAGCUGGUGCUGGAUACGGAGCAGGAGCAGGAAGCGGAGCUGGCUCAGGUGCUGGUGCUGGGUCAGGUGCCGGUGCUGGUUCAGGUGCUGGUGCUGGUUCAGGUGCCGGUUCAGGUGCUGGUGCUGGUUCAGGAGCUGGUGCUGGUUCAGGUGCUGGUGCUGGUUCAGGAGCUGGAGCUGGAUACGGAGCAGGAGUUGGUGCUGGAUACGGAGUAGGAUAUGGAGCAGGAGCUGGUGCUGGAUACGGAGCAGGAGCAGGAAGCGGAGCUGGCUCAGGUGCUGGUGCUGGUUCAGGUGCUGGUGCUGGUUCAGGUGCCGGUGCUGGUUCAGGUGCUGGUGCUGGUUCAGGAGCUGGUGCUGGUUCAGGUGCCGGUGCUGGUUCAGGUGCUGGUGCUGGUUCAGGUGCCGGUUCAGGUGCUGGUGCUGGUUCAGGAGCUGGUGCUGGUUCAGGUGCUGGUGCUGGUUCAGGAGCUGGAGCUGGAUACGGAGCAGGAGUUGGUGCUGGAUACGGAGUAGGAUAUGGAGCAGGAGCUGGUGCUGGAUACGGAGCAGGAGCAGGAAGCGGAGCUGCCUCUGGUGCUGGUGCCGGUGCUGGAGCUGGUGCAGGAACAGGCUCUUCUGGAUUUGGACCAUAUGUAGCAAAUGGCGGAUAUAGCGGCUACGAAUACGCUUGGUCGUCAGAAUCUGACUUUGGAACUGGAAGCGGAGCUGGUGCUGGUUCAGGUGCUGGUGCUGGUUCAGGAGCUGGUGCUGGAUACGGAGCAGGGUACGGAGCAGGAGUUGGUGCUGGAUACGGAGCAGGAGCUGGCGUUGGAUACGGAGCAGGAGCUGGCGCUGGAUACGGAGCAGGAGCUGGAAGCGGAGCUGCCUCUGGUGCCGGUGCUGGUGCCGGUGCUGGUGCUGGUUCAGGUGCCGGUGCUGGUUCAGGUGCUGGUGCUGGUGCUGGUUCAGGAGCUGGUGCUGGAUACGGAGCAGGGUACGGAAUAGGAGUUGGUGCUGGAUACGGAGCAGGAGCUGGCGUUGGAUACGGAGCAGGAGCUGGCGCUGGAUACGGAGCAGGAGCUGGAAGCGGAGCUGCCUCUGGUGCCGGUGCUGGUUCAGGUGCUGGUGCUGGUUCAGGUGCUGGUGCUGGUUCAGGUGCUGGUGCUGGUUCAGGUGCUGGUGCUGGUUCAGGUGCUGGUGCUGGUUCAGGAGCUGGUGCUGGAUACGGAGCAGGGUACGGAGCAGGAGUUGGUGCUGGAUACGGAGCAGGAGCUGGCGUUGGAUACGGAGCAGGAGCUGGCGCUGGAUACGGAGCAGGAGCUGGAAGCGGAGCUGCCUCUGGUGCCGGUGCUGGUGCCGGUGCUGGUGCUGGUGCUGGUUCAGGUGCCGGUGCUGGUUCAGGUGCUGGUGCUGGUUCAGGUGCUGGUGCUGGUUCAGGAGCUGGUGCUGGUUCAGGUGCUGGUGCUGGUUCAGGUGCUGGUGCUGGUUCAGGUGCUGGUGCUGGCUCAGGUGCUGGUGCUGGUUCAGGAGCUGGAGCUGGAUACGGAGCAGGAGUUGGUGCUGGAUACGGAGCAGGAUAUGGAGCAGGAGCUGGUGCUGGAUACGGAGCAGGAGCAGGAAGCGGAGCUGCCUCUGGUGCCGGUGCUGGUUCAGGUGCUGGUGCUGGUUCAGGAGCUGGUGCUGGUUCAGGUGCUGGUGCUGGUUCAGGUGCUGGGGCUGGUUCAGGUGCUGGUGCUGGAUACGGAGCAGGAGCAGGAAGCGGAGCUGCCUCUGGUGCUGGUGCCGGUGCUGGAGCUGGUGCAGGAACAGGCUCUUCUGGAUUUGGACCAUAUGUAAAUGGCGGAUAUAGCGGCUACGAAUACGCUUGGUCGUCAGAAUCUGACUUUGGAACUGGAAGCGGAGCUGGUGCUGGCUCAGGUGCUGGUGCUGGUUCAGGAGCUGGAGCUGGAUACGGAGCAGGAGUUGGUGCUGGAUACGGAGCAGGAUAUGGAGCAGGAGCUGGUGCUGGAUACGGAGCAGGAGCAGGAAGCGGAGCUGCCUCUGGUGCCGGUGCUGGUUCAGGUGCUGGUGCUGGUUCAGGUGCCGGUGCUGGUUCAGGUGCUGGUGCUGGUUCGGGUGCUGGUUCAGGUGCUGGUGCUGGUUCAGGUGCUGGUGCUGGCUCAGGUGCUGGUGCUGGUUCAGGUGCUGGUGCUGGUUCAGGAGCUGGAGCUGGAUACGGAGCAGGAGUUGGUGUUGGAUACGGAGCAGGAUAUGGAGCAGGAGCUGGUGCUGGAUACGGAGCAGGAGCAGGAAGCGGAGCUGCCUCUGGCGCCGGUGCUGGUUCAGGUGCUGGUGCUGGUGCUGGUUCAGGUGCCGGUGCUGGUUCAGGUGCUGGUGCUGGUUCAGGUGCUGGUGCUGGUUCAGGUGCUGGUGCUGGUUCAGGUGCUGGUGCUGGUUCAGGUGCUGGUUCAGGUGCUGGUGCUGGUUCAGGAGCUGGUGCUGGAUACGGAGCAGGGUACGGAGCAGGAGUUGGUGCUGGAUACGGAGCAGGAGCUGGCGUUGGAUACGGAGCAGGAGCUGGCGCUGGAUACGGAGCAGGAGCUGGAAGCGGAGCUGCCUCUGGUGCCGGUGCUGGUUCAGGUUCUGGUGCUGGUUCAGGUGCCGGUGCUGGUUCAGGUGCUGGUGCUGGUUCAGGUGCUGGUGCUGGUGCUGGUUCAGGUGCUGGGGCUGGUUCAGGAGCUGGUGCUGGUUCAGGAGCUGGUGCUGGAUACGGAGCAGGGUACGGAGCAGGAGCAGGAAGCGGAGCUGCCUCUGGUGCUGGUGCCGGUGCUGGAGCUGGUGCAGGAACAGGCUCUUCUGGAUUUGGACCAUAUGUAGCAAAUGGCGGAUAUAGCGGCUACGAAUACGCUUGGUCGUCAGAAUCUGACUUUGGAACUGGAAGCGGAGCUGGUGCUGGCUCAGGUGCUGGUGCUGGUUCAGGAGCUGGAGCUGGAUACGGAGCAGGAGUUGGUGCUGGUUACGGAGCAGGAUAUGGAGCAGGAGCUGGUGCUGGAUACGGAGCAGGAGCAGGAAGCGGAGCUGCCUCAGGUGCCGGUGCUGGUUCAGGUGCUGGUGCUGGUUCAGGUGCCGGUGCUGGUUCAGGUGCUGGUGCUGGUUCAGGAGCUGGUGCUGGUUCAGGUGCUGGUGCUGGUUCAGGUGCUGGUGCUGGUUCAGGUGCUGGUGCUGGUUCAGGAGCUGGUGCUGGAUACGGAGCAGGGUACGGAGCAGGAGUUGGUGCUGGAUACGGAGCAGGAGCUGGCGUUGGAUACGGAGCAGGAGCUGGCGCUGGAUACGGAGCAGGAGCUGGAAGCGGAGCUGCCUCUGGUGCCGGUGCUGGUUCAGGUUCUGGUGCUGGUGCUGGUUCAGGUUCUGGUGCUGGUUCAGGUGCUGGUGCUGGUUCAGGUGCUGGUGCUGGUUCAGGUGCUGGUGCUGGUUCAGGAGCUGGUGCUGGUUCAGGUGCUGGUGCUGGUUCAGGUGCUGGUGCUGGUUCAGGUGCUGGUGCUGGAUACGGAGCAGGGUACGGAAUAGGAGUUGGUGCUGGAUACGGAGCAGGAGCUGGCGUUGGAUACGGAGCAGGAGCUGGCGCUGGAUACGGAGCAGGAGCUGGAAGCGGAGCUGCCUCUGGUGCCGGUGCUGGUUCAGGUGCUGGUGCUGGUUCAGGAGCUGGUGCUGGUUCAGGUGCUGGUGCUGGUUCAGGUGCUGGUGCUGGUUCAGGUGCUGGUGCUGGUUCAGGAGCUGGUGCUGGUUCAGGUGCUGGUGCUGGUUCAGGUGCUGGUGCUGGUUCAGGAGCUGGUGCUGGAUACGGAGCAGGAGCUGGCGUUGGAUACGGAGCAGGAGCUGGAAGCGGAGCUGCCUCUGGUGCUGGUGCUGGUUCAGGUGCUGGUGCUGGUUCAGGUGCUGGUGCUGGUUCAGGUGCUGGUGCUGGUUCAGGUGCUGGUGCUGGUUCAGGUGCUGGUGCUGGUUCAGGUGCUGGUGCUGGUUCAGGUGCUGGUUCAGGUGCUGGUGCUGGCUCAGGUGCUGGUGCUGGAUACGGAGCAGGGUACGGAGCAGGAGUUGGUGCUGGAUACGGAGCAGGAGCUGGCGUUGGAUACGGAGCAGGAUAUGGAGUAGGAGCUGGUGCUGGAUACGGAGCAGGAGCAGGAAGCGGAGCUGCCUCUGGUGCUGGUGCUGGUUCAGGUGCUGGUGCUGGUUCAGGUGCUGGUGCUGGUUCAGGUGCUGGUGCUGGUUCAGGUGCUGGUGCUGGUUCAGGUGCUGGUUCAGGAGCUGGUGCUGGAUACGGAGCAGGAGCUGGCGUUGGAUACGGAGCAGGAGCUGGCGCUGGAUACGGAGCAGGAGCUGGAAGCGGAGCUGCCUCUGGUGCUGGUGCUGGUGCCGGUGCUGGUUCAGGUGCUGGUGCUGGUUCAGGUGCUGGUGCUGGUUCAGGUGCUGGUUCAGGUGCUGGUGCUGGUUCAGGAGCUGGUGCUGGAUACGGAGCAGGAGCUGGAAGCGGAGCUGCCUCUGGUGCCGGUGCUGGUUCAGGUGCUGGUGCUGGUGCUGGUGCCGGUGCUGGUGCUGGUUCAGGAGCUGGUGCUGGUUCAGGAGCUGGUGCUGGAUACGGAGCAGGAGCAGGAAGUGGAGCUGCCUCUGGUGCUGGUGCUGGAGCUGGUGCAGGAACAGGCUCUUCUGGAUUUGGACCAUAUGUAGCAAAUGGCGGAUAUAGCAGACGUGAAGGCUACGAAUACGCUUGGUCGUCAAAAUCUGACUUUGAAACUGGAAGCGGUGCUGCCUCUGGUGCUGGUGCUGGUGCUGGUUCAGGUGCUGGUGCUGGUUCAGGUGCCGGUGCUGGUUCAGGUGCUGGUGCUGGUUCAGGUGCCGGUGCUGGUGGUAGCGUCAGUUACGGAGCUGGCAGGGGAUACGGACAAGGUGCAGGAAGUGCAGCUUCCUCUGUGUCAUCUGCUUCAUCUCGCAGUUACGACUAUUCUCGUCGUAACGUCCGCAAAAACUGUGGAAUUCCUAGAAGACAACUAGUUGUUAAAUUCAGAGCACUGCCUUGUGUGAAUUGCUAA